GCCGCCGUCCUGCUCGCCCAAGGCCUCCCCUUCCUCUCUUUCGCCCCUGAUGGCCUCCGUAGCGGCCCGCAAAAAGUCCAUGAUCGGCGCACCACCCACAAUCGAUUCGCCUGUCGCCAACAAUACUCUACUCAACAAGGCUGCCUCUCAGUCCACCUCUCUCUAUCAGCAAUGCUCCUCUCUACGCACUCGCCUUAUGCAUCUUCAAGGAUUCUCAGACUGGUUCACUGCCGCCGCUCAGCCAGACUCCUCACGGCGAUCAACCGACCCCGUAACCCAACUCUGGGACGUUUUCGCACUCGGCGUCCCCUUGUGCUACCUCUUCAAUCUCCUUCCCUCUACCACCCCCAUCCAAGUGAACACUGACGUGCAAAGCUAUGACCCCUCGAACGAGCGCACGAGGAAGCACGCGAUCGCCCUCUUCUCUAUGAACGUGAAGCAAGUAUCGGGAUGCGAGGGAUUCACCGUGAGGGAUCUUUGGGACCGUAACUCUACCGAUGGCUUCGUAAAGGUCGUGAGCAAUGUCAUCAACCUCGUCGAGCAGUUGCCCGAUGACUUGUUCAUGGCGACACCGCCAGCAUCUCCCAAGCUCUCGUCGGCUCUGGCAUCCACGGAAUCGCUUACAUCCGACAACUCUCUCGUAGCGUCAACCGUCGAGCCGGGCGGUGCGCGCGCCAAUAUCAUCAAGGAACUCGUCGACACGGAGCGGAAGUACGUACAAGACUUGGAAGUCAUGCAGAGAUACUGUGAUGAAGCGGUCAAGUAUAUCGACCGCGACACGUUGCACUUGCUCUUCCCUGGCCUCAACAAGCUUCUCAACUUUCAGCGAAAGUUUCUGAUCAAGGUCGAGAGCAUCGCCGAGUUGUCAUGGAACGAGCAGAGAUGGGGUGUUCUAUUCUCUGAGAACGAAGAAGAUUUCGCUGUGUAUGAGCCGUAUUGCGCCAACUACACUAUGGCGUCGGAGAUUAUGAUCCAGGAGGAGCUGAAUCUGACGGCGCUUAAUCAUAUCAUCAAUGUGAAGGGCGAACUUCCCGCCUUCCUAAUCAAGCCGGUGCAGCGCAUCUGCAAGUAUCCGUUGCUUUUGGAGUCGCUUUUGAAAGCCGUGAACAACACCGAGUAUAACUUCGUCGAAGAGCUGAAGGCCGGAGUCGGCGCAGCAAAGCGUAUCACUGAUAAGAUCAACGAGGCGCAGCGACGGGCGGAGAACGACGCAACGGUGAAGAACCUCGAAGGCCGCGUCGAGGACUGGAAAGGACACCACAUUUCCAACUUCGGCUCUCUGCUCCUGGACGACGUGUUCAGCGUCACUAAGUCCGAGGUCGACCGGGAGUAUCACGUCUUCCUUUUCGAGAAGAUCAUUCUUUGUUGCAAAGAGUACGUACCGCAACCGGGCAACGGCAAGAAGGUCGGCAAGAGCAACUCGAUCCUCAAGAAGCCUUCUUCGCCCUCGUCGACUUUCGGUCCUGGACCGAGCGGUAGCAAGAAGAAGAGCACUCCCUUGUUGCUAAAGGGGCGCAUUUUCUUGAACAACGUCACCCAGGCGGUGCCGAAGAACAUUGCAGUCUUGCUAGGCCAAUACUCGCUCGCCGUGUGGUGGCGCGGUGACGACGAUUUGGAGUUCUUCACUCUGCGAUGCCGGAAUGAGGAGCAGCUCAAGAUGUGGGAGAAUCAGCUCAACCGGCUGAUCAAGGAGACCGCGAGCCGCCGCACGUCGGACCGCAACGUCUCCCGCCUCGCCCAGGUCGCAAACAGCACCAACCCGUCCCCACAGAUACGGUCAGCACACAACUCGUACGCGCAAGAGCGCAGCUCCAUGUUCUCCCAGUCAACCGGCUACUCGUCUGGUGUCCCUUUCUCGGCGACGAUCAACGGGUCGCGCAGCAUGCGGCACCCGUACGCGAACGAGGAGCACGCGCUCCCUUCCGCAUCCGCGCAUAGUCACUUCAGCAAUGGUUUCGUGCAGGGAGGUCCUCAGGGCUAUCCCCCGCACGAUGGGUUUGAACUCGAUCCCGAAGACGAGUAUGAAGACUACCCGCCGACCAGCGCGAACUCGGCGUCCGGACGUGGGACGCCUAUGGGACAGCAGCGGAGGCCAGACUUCCCCUACCCGCAGAGCGCGCGGAACAGCGGACAAGCGUCCUCUCCCAUCCUCUCGGGCGGUAUGGGCGGAUUCCAGCCCCCUGCGUCUGCCCGCCCAGCUGCGCGCUCAACGAGCAGCUAUGCAUCGGAAGCGAGCUUCGCCCCGAGCGUGCAGAGUCGACCGACGCUGCGCAGCAAGUUCAGCUCGACGCGUCUGGCGGCUGCCUAUGAGCAGUCGGAUUCGCGCGGAGCGAGCCCGAUGCCGACGCACCAGCCGAUGCGCUCGCGCAGCGCCAGCCAGCCAAGUGCGUACCACCACCAUUCGCAGCAGCCCCCUCCGCCCCUUCCGACGUCUGCGUGGAUAGACCGGUCGCAGAACUCGCUCCCGACCAGCAAGCGUGGCAGCGGCUCCAGCCAAUCUACAGGCGACAGCUCCGACUACUCUCCUCACACGAGCAGCUCCCCCAUCACUCCUUACGGCUCGAGCGAGUCGUCACUGGCAGGCGUAUCUAUGGGUCGCUCAGGCCGCUCCCAUAUGGACCCGUCAAUGGGCCCGCCACCGCUCAAGGAGGAGCUCCGUCUCUCUCCGCCUGUGAAGAUCAAGGUGCACUUUGGCGAGGACAUCUUCGUCAUACAAGUGCCGCGAUCGACAGAGUACGCCGAGCUUGUCGACAAGGUCGGCAAGAAGAUCCGACUUUGCGGGCCGAGGCGAGACGACGGUCCCCUGCGCGUGAAGUACAAGGACGAGGACGGCGACCUGGUAUCGUUGGGGUCGACGGAGGACGUUCAGAUGGCGUUCGAGUCCUUCCGCCCCGGCAACCAAGUAACACUCUACGUGCAGUGA